CGUACGAUCACAAGCACCCACUAGUCAACUGUUUUUCACCGACGCUCUCAAAACUCCACUCUCUCGUUCUCGAGCUCGAAAUCGCCAUCAAUGGCGUGGGACGACGAGAAGAUCUUCUCCAAAGCCCUCAUCUCCCUAUACAUCAUGUGCCCACUCACCAUCCUCUCCCUCCACUUCCUCACAGCCCCAUACGGCAAGCACGCCCGCUCUGGCUGGGGCCCCACUCUCCCCCCAUCCCUCGCUUGGUUCCUCAUGGAAAGCCCUACCCUUUGGCUCACUGUUCUCCUCUACCCUCUCGGCCGCCACUCUUCUCACCCUCUCUCCCUCAUCGUCAUCUCCCUCUAUCUCCUCCACUACAUCCACCGCACCCUCAUCUAUCCUCUCCGACUCCUCUUCACCUCCACCUCCAAGUCCAAUCCCGGUUUUCCCCUCUCCAUCGCCUUCUUCGCUUUCUCCUUCAACCUCCUCAACGCUUACUUGCAAGCUCGCUCCGCAUCCCACUACGCCGGAUCAGCGACGGCGGAGUACGGAUGGAGGUUGUGGUUCCGGGUUGCGGCGGGGAUGGCGGUGUUCUUUUUGGGGAUGAGAGUGAACAUUAGGGCUGACUUGGCGCUGGUGAAGCUUAAGAAGGAAGGUGGCGGGUACAAGAUACCGCGAGGUGGGUUGUUUGAGUUUGUGAGCUGCCCUAAUUACAUGGGUGAGGCCUUGGAAUGGUUGGGCUGGGCCAUUGUGGCUUGGUCUCCGGCUUCAUGGGCCUUCUUCUUGUAUACCUGUUCUAACCUUGGGCCUAGGGCCCGGGCCCAUCAUAAAUGGUAUUGUGAGAAGUUUGGCUCUGAUUACCCGUCUUCUCGUAAAGCCAUUGUUCCUUUCUUCUACUAAUGUUUUGUUCUCUCGCUUUUAUUCCUAUUUUUAAUAAUAAAUGAACGCCGAAUGUUGUGUUGCAUUCAAAUCA